AUGACGGAAAACUCGUAUGGGAUGAUUUUAAAAGUUUGGAUUUGUUUGAUUGCGGUGGCCGGUGCGCGCGCACGAUCCGCGCCGCCCGCCCCCGGUGGCUGUCAAUGGGACUACUCGGACACAAAGUUGAGUGAAUCAAACUUUCUCACGUGCAAUAUCAAAACCAUCGGUUCAGCUGACACGCUGUUUAAGAACAUAACGACGGCGCAGGCGUACAACAUCAAUAAGUUGAAACUUACUUGCACCGAUCUGCUUUUCUUCGAGAGUUCACUGCACAUGAAUACCGGGAGUUUUUUGGGCCAACUGCGCAAACUUGAAGACUUGCGUAUUGAGUAUUGUAAGAUACGGUAUGUGCCGGCUACGGUAUUAUCGCCUCUUCGUGACCUCACUAGUCUCACUCUACGGUCGUAUAACACGGAUUGGCCUGCGAUGACGAUGGAGUUCCACGCUGAGAGCUUUAGGGGAUUAAUGGAGUUGCGAUCACUCGACCUAGGUGACAAUAAUAUCUAUAUGUUGCCUUCCGAAGUUUUCUGUCCGCUUUUUAGUUUAGAAUCAUUGAAUUUAACCAAUAACAAAAUACAAGACAUUUCCGAAAUCGGUUUUUCCGACUGGGGUAAGGGCCCCAUGGCACCUGGCAAGUCGUGCAACACCGGUCUGAAAUUGUUAGACUUAUCGCACAAUAAUGUACUAAGACUCCCCGACAACGGCCUCUCGAGUCUGCGCUCUCUAGAGGUUUUAAAGAUUCACAACAACUUAAUUAAUGAAAUUGGCGACAGAGCUUUCGUGGGGCUGAAUUCAUUAAAGAUUCUUAACUUAUCCGGAAACAAGUUAGUCGCCGUUCCUCCAGAACUAUUUCAGUCUUCACGGGUUAUAAAAGAAAUCUCAUUAGCGAAUAAUUCGCUUUCCGUGCUGGCACCGGGAUUGUUGGAGGGACUUGAUCAACUUGAGAAAUUGGAUUUAUCUAGAAAUCGACUAACCAACGAUUGGGUGAAUAGAGACACGUUUGCCGGCUUAAUUCGAUUAGUCAUUUUGAACUUAUCUCACAACUCCUUAGUACGUUUGGACCCUAAAUCAUUUCAAGAUCUUAACAACUUGCAAGUUUUGAACUUGGACAAUAAUGCGAUCGAAGUGAUAAGCAACGGCGCGUUCGCUGAACUCAAAAACUUACAUCAAUUAUCAAUGUCCGAUAACAGAAUAAAAACACUGAAUGAGCAUAUUUUUUCGAAUCUUUUUGUACUUAGCCAGUUGUACUUAGACAACAACCAAAUUUCUGUAAUUAAUGACAGGUCGUUUGAGAAUAUAACUUAUUUACAAGACUUGGGAUUGAAUGGAAAUACUCUUAAAUAUAUUCCUGAUGGCAUUAAAAAACUCAGAUUCCUAAAAUCAUUGGACAUUGGCAAGAAUAACAUUACGAAAGUUUCUAAUACAUCUUUCGAGGGCCUCGAAGAACUCUACGGCUUACGACUUGUUGACAACCACAUUACUAGUAUACCGAAAGAUACAUUCAGCACAUUACCGUCAUUACAAGUUCUAAAUUUAGCGUCAAACAAAAUUGAAACCAUCGAACAAGACGCAUUUCUUUCAAACCCUACGCUGAAAGCUAUUCGUCUCGACGGAAAUAAACUCACUGAUAUACGAGGUGUUUUUAACAAACUGAGCACUUUAGGAUGGCUCAACAUAUCCGACAAUAAACUUAUUUACUUCGACUACAGUUACAUGCCUGAAAGCUUAGAAUGGCUCGAUAUCCAUCAAAACAACAUCUCGAAAUUAGUAAAUGAAAAAGAUUUCAAACCGAAUAUUCGAAUGCUCGACGUCAGUUACAAUUCUUUAGAAGAGGUCGACGAAAAGUCCGUCCCGGAUUCUAUUGAAGUCCUAUUUUUGAAUAACAACAAAAUUCACACAAUCCAGCCAGGUACAUUCAUACAAAAAAGGAACUUAGAAAAAGUUAUAUUGACGGAUAAUAAAUUGAGAACCGUUGAACUGUCUGCAUUCACACUGCCGCAUAUUCCGAAGCACAGAUUUUUGCCAAAGUUUUUCAUAGGAAAUAAUCCAUUUGUAUGCAACUGUCAUAUGAUAUGGCUACAAAAAAUAAACCUAUGGAAUCACAUGAGACAAUAUCCUAGAUUUGUAGAUUUAGAUUCCGUUACAUGCGAAGUCGUAAAUAAUAAAUACGGAGGAAAAGCGAACUUAAUGGAUGUUCCUGAAACGCAGUUCCUUUGUUCUUAUGAUACGCAUUGUUCGUCGAGCUGCUUUUGUUGUGAUUUUGAAGCCUGCGACUGUAAAAUGUCAUGUCCUGAAGGUUGUUCCUGUUUUCACGACAGCAACUGGAAUUCUAAUGUAAUCGAUUGUUCUAAUGUCGGCUACACGGACAUUCCUGAAAAGAUACCUAUGGAUGCCACUGAACUCUACUUGGAUGGCAACGACUUCGGUUCCUUGAAUAGCCACUUAUUUAUAGGCAAGAAAAAGCUUCAUAAGUUAUAUUUGAAUAAUAGUAACAUAGCUUCCAUCGAUAACGACACGUUUAAUGGACUACACUCUCUCAACGUUUUGCAUCUCGAGAGCAAUCAUUUGACUGAAAUAGCGGGAGGUGAAUUUUCUCAAACCAAGCACUUGAGAGAGUUAUACUUAAACGAUAACCUCUUGACUAGUGUAGCGAAUAAUUCAUUUGAAAACUUAUCGUCGCUUCGAGUCAUACACUUACAAGGAAACAAGAUAUUGAAUCUCGACAAGAAGCUAGCUCAUAUCGUCCACUUGGAAGGUGUUCGCGUUCGAGGUAAUCUAUUUAACUGCGCGUGCGAUAACGUCCUAACUUUAGUGAACUGGUUAAAGAAAUAUUACGAGGAUCCGUCGGAAAUGUUAUGUGCUAGUGAAAACGAACUGAGUGCCAAUUUGACUGUGUUCGACGUGAUGGACAAGUGUCGUGAGUCUAGUGUAAAUGACAAUACUAUACCUACUGAAAAUCAACCGUACCAAUACGAUGAAGUGAGCACAAUUAAAUUGAACUUUGUGCCCCUUUUAGCCGUAGUCCUUAUAAGUGUAAUCCUUAUAUUAUUGUUUGGUGCCUUAGCGUUCUCUUUUAGACAAAACGUGCGUUUAUGGGCGCAUUCUAAAUAUGGUGUAAGACUGUUUAAAAGUGCAUCUAUUCAGGAAAGUGAAUUAGAUAGAGAUAGGAUGUACGACGGCUACGCUGUGUAUAGUUUGUUAGAUGACGAUUUUGUAAGUAAAGUAGUAGCGCCAGAAAUGGAACAUUGCGGAUACACUAUGUGCUUUCACUAUAGAGACCUACAAAAUGUCCCCGAAAACUACAUCCUAGAACAAAUAACAAACGCCGCUGAGUCCUCCAAAAGAAUCUUAGUAUUCAUCUCUUUUAAUUUCUUGCAAAACGAAUGGUCAAAAACGACAUUUAAAGCCGCUCUCAAACACGUAAUAACUUCAAUCCAUCCUUCCAUUAGACGACACAGAGUCGUGUUUGUCCUCACCACUGACAUCAGUGCCCUUAAUUUAGAUCUAGAGUUUCAAAACUAUCUGAAAACUUGCAACGUCCUAUUAUGGGGCGAGAAGAAAUUUUGGGAGAAAGUGCGGUUCUUGAUGCCGGACAUUUCUAAUUUGCAUUGGAACAAAGACAACAUAAAUUACAAUCACGCCGUUUGUCCGAACGCUAGGCGUCACCCCUCUAGGUACACGGCGUCGCCCACUGCGCCCGAGCUUUGGUAUAAAUACGACGCGAUCCCCCCUCAGACGCCCACGGUCGCUAACGUCGGCAUUAGCGUCGAAGAUGACACGUCUAUGUUAACAAAUACGACGCUAACGAGCCAGAUACAAGACAUGGAUAAUCCGCACCACAGUUACAUAUCGAUCGACACACAAAAUUACGAACAACCAUAUGGCGGUCGGCCGCGGCCACCGAACUCGUUGCGCAAGCACCCGAGCCAUACACCUUCCAUGCUCGACGAGCAGGGAUACUUACAGCCCCGUUCCUCCAUACACGACUGCUUACCUCAAACACACCCGAGCGUGCACAGAUAA